AUGGCAGAAUUAUCUACUAAAGGUUGGAGUUGGGGUGACUUGAACACGACAGAAACUGGUCUCGACUUCUCAGUCGACGCCCAGCCUUGUUUCACAAUCAACUAUAAAGAUAUAGCAAAUUGUGCAAUUCCUGGGAAAAAUGAGGUGGCUUUAGAAUUCCAACAGGACGAUACUAUGGAAGAUGAUAUUCUCUGUGAAAUGAGGCUUUAUGUUGGCCUCAUUUUUUUAUAAAAAAUAAUUUUAAAAUUUUUUCUUUGUAAAGCCGUUAAUUUGCCCAAAAAAUUUAAAAAAAAAUUAUCUUUAUGUCCCUGACCCAGACUCUUGUGAAAAAAUUGCAAAAGAAAUAAGUGACCGUGCUGAUCUAAGAGCCUACUCAGGAGACGCAAUUGUAACAUUGUAUGAUCUGCCGAUGAUUGUGCCAAGAGGAAAAUGCUCUUUAGACAUGUUCCAUACCUUUAUGAGGCUCCACGGAAAAACCCACAACUACAAAAUUAUGUACAAAAACGUGACCAGGGCUUUUCUGCUUCCAAAACCUGACGGAAUCCAUGUAGCUAUCGUAAUAGGGUUGGAGCCACCAAUUAGACAAGGAAACACUUUAUACCCAUUCGUGGUCUUGCAAUUCAAUAAAGAGCAAGAAGAAAGCGUGAGCUUAAACUUGGCCCCUGAAGAAAUUAAGAAAAAUUUCGGUGAAGACUUGACCCCUACAAUUGAAGGAAAAGCAUUUGAUGUGAUUUCUAGACUGUUUAAAGCUAUGGUGAAAAUCAAUAUAAUUAUUCCAGGAACUUUCAGAAGUUUCAACGACACCCACGCAAUAAAAUGCUCAGUCAGAGCAAGUGAAGGGCAUUUAUAUCCUCUUCAAAAAAGCUUUAUUUUUAUAUCAAAACCAGUUAUUUAUAUUCCGUUCUAUUAGAAUACCCAUAUUUUUAAAAACAUAAUAAUUCCUGGCUUAUUCUUUAUUAGAACUAUAUCAGAUUUGAAGACAUCCGCUUUAUAGAAUUCGCCAGAGUCAGCGAGCAUUCUAUGUCCACAAACAGAUCUUUUGACCUAAACGUGACCACAAAGACAGGAAGCUUCCAAUUCACUGGAGUCGACCGUCAAGAAUAUAAAAACCUGUUCAGCUUUUUAGAAAAGAAGAAAAUCCCUAUCAGAAACCUCGAGGAAGAAGAAGACCUGCAAAAGGAACAAAUACUGUCAUCAGAAGGAGAAAACAUGGAAAUUGAAGAUGAGUCCGAAGAUGACAGCUUUGAAGCCUCUGAUUCUGAUGCAUAA